AUGAGUAAUGAACCAUUUAGUAAAGAAGAACUUACCAAAAAAUACUCCAAACAAGCAGAAUUAUUAAAAACCUUAAGAAUAAAUAUCUUAAAAGAUCAUUCAAACUCUCUUGCAAGUAAUAUUACAAUACCAGAGCUAGAGAAUUGUUAUAAAUGUAAUGAAGAAAUUUUGUUAAAUCUACCCAAAGCAUUUAUUACACUUGUAUGUGAUCAUAUACUUUAUUAUGACUGUCUUGAAAAAAAUAUGUCAGAGGCAGUGAAAGAUGAAGGUGAAAAAACCUCUAAUCUAAUGGGAGCAGUAAGUAAGUUAUCCGUAGAUGGUGGUAAAACUAUCCCAUGA